AUUAAUUUAUAAUUAUUAGAGAAAGAUGCUUUCUAAAAGGAAAGUCUCAUAGUAAAAUCAAAACCAAGAGGAAUCGUCUAAUUCUAUAGAGAAUUUAUGUAAUAAAAUACGUAAAGUGAUUGUAAGUGAGGUAGGAGAGAAAUACAUUUAAAAUAAUUCAGAUAAAGGAAUAAAAAAAAAGAGAACUAAAUAGAAAAGUAAGCUUUAAGAAAAUUAAUAAUAUGUUGAGUAAAUGGAAAGCGAUGCAGUUGAAGUUGAAGAAUAAUUAUCAUCAAUACAAGCAAUAUCUGAAUCUCAAUCUUGGGUACUUGAAGAACUAUUUGAUGAAAUAAAUAAGUUGAAUGUACUUUAAGAUAUUGAAUGA